CCUUUUCCACCAACGCAUCGCUUGACAUCUGAAGAAGUGUUUGACACAGAUGGAAGACCAAGGGUUGACAUUUUGAAGAACCACUUGAUAAAGGAAGGUCGAGUGGAUGAAGAAAUUGCACUUAGAAUCAUCAAUGAGGGUGCUGCAAUAUUACGGAGGGAAAAAACUAUGAUAGAAGUUGAAGCUCCAAUUACAGUGUGUGGUGAUAUUCAUGGCCAGUUCUUUGAUCUAAUGAAGCUGUUUGAAGUGGGAGGAUCACCUGCUAACACAAGAUACCUCUUCCUCGGUGACUAUGUAGACAGAGGUUAUUUUAGUAUAGAGUGUGUGCUGUACUUAUGGGUCCUGAAAAUUCUUUACCCAAGCACAUUGUUUCUUUUGAGAGGCAACCAUGAAUGCAGACACCUAACAGAGUAUUUUACCUUUAAGCAAGAAUGUAAAAUAAAGUACUCUGAAAGAGUCUAUGAUGCUUGUAUGGAAGCUUUUGAUUGUCUCCCUCUUGCUGCUCUCUUAAAUCAACAGUUUCUUUGUGUUCAUGGUGGACUUUCACCAGAAAUUAAUACACUAGAUGACAUUAGGAGAUUAGAUAGAUUCAAAGAGCCUCCAGCAUUUGGACCAAUGUGUGACUUAUUGUGGUCAGAUCCUUCAGAAGAUUUUGGAAAUGAAAGUUCACCAGAACAUUUCAGUCAUAACACAGUCAGAGGAUGCUCAUACUUUUAUAGCUAUCCAGCAGUUUGUGAAUUUUUGCAAAAUAAUAAUUUGUUGUCAAUCAUUAGAGCACAUGAAGCACAAGAUGCAGGUUAUAGAAUGUACAGGAAAAGUCAAACUACAGGGUUCCCAUCUUUAAUAACAAUUUUUUCAGCACCUAAUUACCUGGAUGUCUACAAUAAUAAAGCUGCUGUAUUAAAAUAUGAAAACAACGUGAUGAAUAUUCGUCAGUUCAAUUGUUCUCCUCAUCCUUACUGGCUACCAAAUUUUAUGGAUGUUUUCACAUGGUCUUUGCCAUUUGUUGGAGAAAAAGUAACAGAAAUGUUGGUGAAUGUUUUGAGCAUUUGCUCUGAUGAUGAGCUGAUGACAGAGGGAGAAGAUCAAUUUGACGAGCGACUCAUAUAUGGCAAUAAAAAAGUAGGUACAGCUGCCGCAAGGAAAGAAAUAAUCAGAAACAAAAUUCGUGCAAUUGGCAAGAUGGCAAGAGUCUUCUCUGUUCUCAGGGAGGAGAGUGAAAGUGUGCUGACACUCAAGGGUUUGACUCCCACUGGAAUGUUACCUAGUGGAGUGUUGGCUGGAGGACGACAGACCCUGCAAAGUGCCACUGUAGAGGCAAUUGAGGCUGAAAAAGCAAUACGAGGAUUCUCUCCGCAACAUAGAAUCUGCAGUUUUGAAGAAGCAAAAGGUUUGGAUAGGAUCAAUGAGAGAAUGCCACCAAGAAAAGAUACUCUUCAGCAAGAUGGUAUUAAUACCAUAAACACAGCAAAUGCCAAUGGAAACAAUGGAACUGGCAACGACAAUGCACAGUGACCACAUCAGCUUCUCGUUUACUCACUCAUGUCCUGCCUGAGAAUUGCUAGAUUACUUCUUUUUGACGUGACAACAAAUGAAAUAGGGGGAUCACUUAAAGUGAUGAGGUGGAAAACCAUCUGACUUGAUCCCCCUGUAGAGAGACCAUCAUGCUUUUGAGACAACAGCCCCUCUGUUACACGGUGACCCAACCUCCUGGAGCGUGUGCCUCACCCUUUCACACCACCGUCCAUCACUGGCUGCUGCAGCUUCGGAAGAGAUCUGGGGAAAGGAUCGGACUGUUCUCACUAAAGCACACCUAGAUAGCAUCUUAUGCUUACAUUGUCAACACUUUUAAGUUUACAAAUGGGAUUUUUCUUUCAGUAGAGGUAGUUUGUUUGUUUGUUUGUUUGUUUUUUAAAAUCAGACAUUCAAAUACAACCCUAAGAGCUAACUAUUUAUUAAUGGACAUUGGUUUCAUAAUAUGUCUUUAAAAUUAUAGAUUAGAAUGGUCUUAAAAUAUCUGAGGCUGCAAAAACUGUAUUUUAAAUAACAGAAAAAAUGCCAAAAAAUUUCAGUUGGUCAUUCUGUAAAAUGCUGACCUCAGGUUUACUCCUUUAGAUGUUGCUAAUUCUAUAUUGUAUUCACUGUAUUUUUUAGUUACAGCUUAUCAGAAGAUUUCUAUGUAGGAAUGUUUAUUACUUGAACACAGAUUUAAAAAAAAUAUUUAAUUUAGAAACUUUUUUGCCCAGCUUUUUCAAGA